AUGGGCAUCUCUUGGAGCAGGGAGGACCUCCCCGGGCCCGUGGGCCCGUACAUCUCUCCCAACUACGUGCCUGAGAUGAUCAACAAGGGCGACUUCGCAGCAGCAACAGCAGUGUGGGCCUUGACCGUUGUCUGGGGCGGAAUUUGCGCAUGGCAGGGCUACAAGCAGACCAAGCAGGCCCGCAACCCAUGGAAAUCGGCAUACAUCUGGCUGAUAUGGCUGGAGCUCCUGGUCUCGUUAUUGAUGGGUGCUGAAUGUUGGGCCUUUAUGCUGCGGUUGCUCCAUCCCAGUUUCGCCUUCUACAUGACCAUCCUCUUCUGGUGGUGUAUCCAGGUCCAGCUUCUGCUUCAGGUCAUUAUCAACCGUGUCCGCGUCAUCUCCAUGAACAAGGAGAAGGCACGAAACAUCAUGAUUGGCACCGCCGUCCUCGUCACUCUCAUCAACAUCAGUGUCUUCAACAUCUGGAUCCCCGCUCGUCUGCAGAUCAACGACACCUACAUCCACAUCAACGAAAUUUGGGAUCGCAUUGAGAAGGUCAUCUAUCUGAUCAUGGACGCCGUCCUCAACGCCUACUUCAUCAAAUCCGUGCGCAAGAACCUCGUGUCCAACGGUCUGCAGAAGUACAGCUCGCUGCUCAAGUUCAACGUCCGCAUCAUUUUCAUCUCGCUUCUCAUGGACGUCAUGAUUAUCGCCGCCAUGUCGAUUCCCAACUCGUUCGUUUACAUCCAGUUCCAUCCGCUCGCUUACCUGGUCAAGCUCAACAUUGAGUUGACCAUGGCCAGCCUUAUCCGCAAGAUCGCCAUCUCCGCCGCCGCCAAGCGUGGCAACGCUGCGGGCGUCCACCACGAGUUCGUCUACGCCAAUGGCAGCAGCGGCAAGGGCACGCAGCACACAGCCAUGGAGCUUUCCAGCGGUCACGGCCGCUCCGAUUCGAGAUUCGAGUUCGAAGGCGAGGGUAUCCAGAAGACGCAGGAAGUUGUGAUUCGCAGCAUGCCAAACCCCGACAUGAAGGGCGCGAUCCACGACGUGGACCAGCUGUCCAACUCCAGCACCAAGGACGAAGGCGGCUCCACAACAGGAGCGGAUGCGGAUGACGAGAGCCAGCUGGUGCAAGAUCCUUGGACCGGUAACGCAGUUUACAAGACGAAAAUCUCGACUACGAAUCAGCAUCACUAG